AUAUUUAAAAAACAGGAAAAAGAAAGAACCACUCUCCUAGGUUAAGGAGUUGUGUGUUUACAAGGUUAUAAACCAUUGACCUCUUGGUGCAUGGGACGUCGCACUGUACACUGUGCAAGCGUUGGGAACUGUUCAUUCUUGAUUAUUCUGAGGAUCUGUUUCUCUGUGAGAGUGAAUCACAUCUCACAGGUCCCAGGCCAGUAUCUGCUCUGCUCUGCAGGUGUGAGGCAGCGACCCAGGUUCCAUGAUGACAAAGUUCUGAUCUUUCUGCAGAUCCAGAUCCAAGGCUGCUGCCCGAUGGCCAUCCCCCAGGUCCCCCUGAGCCCGGUGCCCUGGGAACAGGAUGGCUUCCUGCGUGUGAAGGUGGAGGAGGAGGAGGCCAGCCUCUCCCAGGUCCAGGAAUAUAGCCUUGGCAACGUGGCCCACCCUGAGGAUGCACGCCUGCGCUUCCGGCACUUCUGCUAUGAGGACGCGUCCAACCCGCAUGAGGCCCUGGCCCAGCUUCAUGAGCUCUGCUGCCAGUGGCUGCAGCCCGAGGCGCACUCCAAGGAGCAGAUGCUGGAGCUGCUGGUGCUGGAGCAGUUCUUGGGCGUGCUGCCCCCCAAGAUCCAGGCCUGGGUGGGGGCCCAGUGCCCCAAGAGUGGCAAGGAGGCUGCCAUGCUGGUGGAGGAUCUGACUCAGGCGCUGGACAAGAGAGGAUGGGAGCCGGGAGCUGAGCUCUCAGAGGCAGGCUGUAAACACAGCGAUUCGGAAGAGUCAGGCAAAGCCACCCAAACCCUCGUGGGGGGCGUUUCCCCAGGACACGCCUUUGGUGAUGCCUUCCGACCCCAGGGCAGCUCAGAGAGGCCAGCAGGACUCUCAGGGGACGUCUGGACAGAGUCCUUCACCAGAGAGACAGAUUUCAGGAAUGCUCCAGGGCCUCACAAGGAAGCCCCCAUGGGCCAGCCUGGCUGUGAAUCUGGUGCCUUUGGGAAUAUUCCCAGUGUGUGGUCACACGUCACCUGGCAAGAGAAGACUCCUCCCAAGGAGAAAUUAGAUCCUUUGGACUGUUGUGGCACAGAGCCUCCAUGCGUGCACUCGGAGUGGAUGCCCUCCAAGUGCGGGGAAUGUGGGCACACGUUCCAGAGCUCCCCCGCCCUGGAGGCACACAGGAAGAGCCAUUGCCGGAAGACGCCCUACAUCUGCAGUGAGUGCGGAAAAGCCUUUCGCCGUAGCACUCACCUGGCCCAACAUCAGGUGGUGCACACAGGGGCAAAGCCCCACGUGUGUAAGGAGUGCGGCAAGGCCUUCAGCCGGGUCACUCAUCUGACGCAGCACCAGCGCAUCCACACCGGGGAGAAACCCUACAGGUGUGGGGACUGUGGCAAAACCUUCAGCCGCAGCACCCACCUCACCCAGCACCAGCGGGUGCACACGGGCGAGCGGCCCUACGCGUGUGAUGCGUGUGGCAAGGCCUUCAGCCAGAGUGCCCACCUGACUCAGCACCUGCGCACCCAUACUGGGGAGAAGCCCUAUAGAUGUGACGCCUGCGGAAGAGCCUUCAGCGACUGCUCGGCUCUGAUCCGGCACCUGAGGAUCCACUCUGGGGAGAAGCCCUACCGGUGCCAGGUCUGCCCCAAGGCCUUUGCCCAGAGCUCCUCCCUUAUGGAGCACCAGAGAGUCCACACGGGGGAGAAGCCCUACAAGUGCAGCGACUGUGGGAAAGCCUUCAGCCGCAGCUCGGCCCUCCUGGUACACCUGCGAGUCCACCUCUCCGUGCUGCAGUGACCCACCCAAGGCACCCUCAGGCUCAACACAGAAAAUACCCUGAGUUCCGAAGGAGCCAGGAAGAACAGGGUGGGGCAUCGAUAACUUCUCCAGAAUGAUGUGGUUCUUAAGGGCAGACCUGGGGCUGUCUGGGAGCAACUCUGCAUUUGGGAACUUGGAUGAAUGGAAAGCUGUCCAGCUUCCAGAAGGAUCCUGCUGUCCUGCAUCCCCACUAGGCCGGUCUCAGAGAGGAUCUGGGUUGGUCCUUAGAGUUAGGGCAGUCGGGGGGCAUUUCUGUCAGGACUCAGUGGUCCCAGGAUGCUCUGGGCUGGGCCUCCAGGUUCACGCCCCAGUUCCUGUCCUAUUUAGCCCAGGAAGGACACUGCCCACAUCACCUGGUGCCUUUCCACCAACUAUCCACUCCACUUAUUUACGUCCAGUCCAAGGCCACCUAAGGCUCCCUCUUCAGUGAGGCCUUCUCUAGACACUGCGUCUCUCUCAUCCUCCCGUCUUUGCCGAGGGUGCUGCUGACACUGGCCUGGAGUCAUUUGCUUGUGCCUCUGCCCCUCCUUCCACGUCCCACCAGCCAUCAGCCCUGUUCAUUUCAUCUAAACUCAACUCUGCUUCGUUUCUCCACCAUCGUGACCUCACGUAAGCCUUCACCACUUCUUGUGUGGACUCCAGCAGGGGCCCUUCCACACCCUUUCCUGCCUUCUGCACACCAGCCUCCAUGGUGCUCUUUCUACACCCUGAACCUGAGUGUUCUCCACGGGGGAAAACUCUCUGAUGCAUCACCUUCUACAGCAAAGCUUCCUGAAUAGGUCACAGGUUUUCCAAGAUGGGAGCCACUUUGGGCCCUAAACAACCUUGCCAGUUAACCUUAUUUGUGCACCUGAAUAGGGUCAUCUUUCAUUGUGCACAGUGAUGUGAAAUGGGAUGAACCUCAAUUCCUUCCUGCACCUGCCAUUCAGGAGCAUUCGUGGCCACGUGGAACUAUUUGUAGUUCCCUGUUUUUAAAUCCUCUCCCAAGGAUAUUUAUUCCAUUGCUUUUCAGAGAGAGUGGAAGGGAGAGAGGG